AUGGGACUCCUGGCCGCGCGGUGGCCCCUGAGGAAAUCUACUGGGGGGAAGGAGGCCGAUCCUACCAGCGUGUUAUCCAUACCAGCCACAGAACGAUCCUCAUCUCCCUUCACCGCGCUCCGAGCCGCCCCCCUGGCUCGAUUCGGAGCGCACCCCGAGCCCAGAGCCCCCCGCUUCCGCCGGGAGCCCCAAGGACACGCACCCCCAGGAGAGAGCCGGCCGGGGAAGGCGCCAGCGGGGCAGAGCCGCGGGCGGCGCGGAGAGCCCGAGCCCGCCGCCCCCCUCACGGCCGCCCCCUGUGCGCCCAGAGCCCGCCGGCCCCCUCCCUCUCUCCCUCCUUCCCCUCACGGCACCCAGCCCGCCCCACUCGCCUCUCCGGAGCCGGCCGGAAAGGGCGUUCAGACCGCAGGUUACCUUCCCGGGGCGCUCCGGGCCGGCUGCUGUUCCCGCCGCCCUCAAACAGCCGCGCCCGCCGCCGCCGCCCGCGCUCGGCUCUGCGCCUCCAUGACAGCCUGGCCCCGCCCCCGAGCCCGCCCCGCCCCGCCGCUGCCAAUCGGCGCUGGCGCGCGCCCGCCAGCCAAUCACAGAGCUGCCUGGGGCGGGACUACGCCGCCGCUGGAGGGCGGCGGGGAGGGGGCUCGGGCGGGCGGCCGCCAGGGGGCGCCGGGGCGCUCCCGCUCCGCUGGGAGGGGGGAGGCGGGAGCUAGUGUCGAGGAUUAUGAAGAAACAGUGAAGAAGGCUAAAGAGGCAUGGAAGGUCUGGGCUGAUAUCCCUGCACCUAAACGUGGAGAAAUAGUGCGACAGAUUGGUGACGCCCUGAGACAAAAAAUCAAAGUUCUAGGAAGUUUGGUCUCUUUGGAAAUGGGAAAGAUUUUUGUCGAGGGUGUUGGGGAAGUGCAGGAGUAUGUUGAUGUCUGUGACUACGCUGUUGGUUUGUCCCGAAUGAUUGGUGGACCUAUUUUGCCUUCAGAAAGACCUGGCCAUGCCCUUAUAGAACAGUGGAAUCCUGUUGGAUUAGUAGGAAUCAUCACAGCCUUUAACUUUCCUGUGGCAGUUUAUGGGUGGAACAGUGCAAUUGCAAUGAUUUGUGGAAACGCUUGCCUCUGGAAGGGUGCUCCUUCUACAUCCCUUGUUAGUGUUGCUGUUACAAAAAUAAUUGCCAAAGUCUUGGAGGAUAACAAGUUGCCUGGAGCAAUCUGUUCUUUGGUUUGUGGUGGAGCGGACAUUGGGACAGCAAUGGCGAGAGAUGAGAGGAUGGACCUGUUGUCCUUCACUGGCAGCACAAAAGUGGGCAAGGAAGUAGCACUUAUGGUUCAGGAGAGAUUUGGUCGAAGCCUGCUGGAACUGGGAGGAAACAAUGCCAUUAUUGUGUUUGAAGAUGCAGAUCUGAACCUAGUCAUCCCAUCUGCUCUAUUUGCUGCGGUGGGAACAGCAGGUCAGAGGUGCACAACUGCUAGAAGGCUGUUUCUCCAUGAAAGCAUCCAUGAUGAGGUGGUGGCAAAGCUUGCUAAGGCCUAUGCCCAGGUCCGCAUCGGUGAUCCAUGGGAUCCUAACACUCUGUAUGGGCCUCUUCAUACCAAAGAAGCAGUGAAAAUGUUCCUUGAUGCAGUAGAACAGGCGAAACAACAGGGUGGCUCUGUGGUCUAUGGGGGAAAGGUUAUAAAUCGCCCUGGAAACUAUGUCGAACCGACUAUUGUGACUGGCCUUCCUCAUAAUGCACCCAUUGUCCACACUGAGACGUUUGCCCCCAUACUGUAUGUGCUGAAGUUUAAGGAGGAAGAGGAUGUUUUUGCCUGGAAUAAUGAAGUAAAACAAGGUCUUUCCAGCAGUAUCUUUACCAAGGAUUUGGGAAGGAUUUUCCGCUGGCUUGGGCCAAAGGGUUCUGACUGUGGCAUUGUGAAUGUUAACAUCCCAACCAGCGGAGCUGAGAUUGGAGGUGCUUUUGGUGGUGAAAAGCACACUGGUGGGGGAAGGGAAUCUGGAAGUGAUUCAUGGAAACUUUAUAUGAGACGGUCUACUUGUACAAUCAACUACAGCAAGGAUUUGCCUCUGGCUCAAGGAAUUAAGUUUCAGUAACAGCCUUAUGAGUGGCCGUGCUAUGAACUCUCCUACCAUUUCAGAAUCAAGCAUCUUCUAAGCAUUAUGGGGAUAAAAAUUUAUUAUCUGAAACCAAUUCUUCAGAAAAUCAUCUACUCUAAAAUUGCUUCACUUUCUGUGUAUGAAUUUACUACUUCAGUCUUCAAAUGAGAGAAGUAUAUGGUCUUUGGGAAGAAGGGAGAGGGACUGAUACUAACAAUCUUGUAUUCAGGUGGCCUGGAUAACCUGUUGCCUUACUCUUGUAUUUCACUACCAACACUGUAUCCCUUCCCUCCCUACAAUUUGCUGAUAUUUCCAGCUCCUAGUCUGUGCUUCAAGCUGUGUGCCAGGUUUCCUGCAGAAAACUGGUGCUGUGGGGGGUGGGCAGUAGAGGGCUAUUUUUCAAUGCAUAAAUAAAAGUACAUUUUGUGAGAUA